AUGACAUGGACUGAAAAAUCAAAGUUAGUUCAGAAAGACCCAAUUACAUGUACCAGGUAUUUUGAUCAUCGUUUUCGUACUUUUUUGAAUACUGUGCUUAAGAGUGAUCAUCAUCCUAUUGGCAAGGUACAGGACUUCUUCUAUAGGGUUGAAUUUCAACAAAGGGGAUCACCACAUGUUCACAUGAUUGUUUGGAUUGAAAAUGCUCCAAAAUACUUGGAAAAUGAUGAAAAGGAAAUUGUUGCAUUUGUUGAUAGCUAUUUAAGAUGUGAAAGAAAUGCAGAGGACACUAUGCUAGAAUUACAGGUGCAUAAACACUCACAAACAUGCAAAAAAAGAGGAAAGGCUGUUUGUAGAUUUGGAUUUCCACUCCCACCACUCCAAGCUACAAUGAUAUUAGAACCUUUGGACAGUGAAAUUGAGAAAUACAAGAAGAUGCAUAAAGCUAUGCAAGACAAAAUGAAUGAAUUUAAGAAUGGUUGUGAUGUAAGCUUUAGUUUCCAAGAGUUUUUGCAGGAUGUACUACAACUAUCUGAAGAUGAUUAUAUCAAAUGCAUCAGAAGUUCAUUGAAAGGACCCAAAGUAUUUCUAAAGCGGAAACCUUGCGACCUCAGAGUGAAUGCUUACAACAGUACUCUUCUUCAUGCAUGGGCAGCUAAUAUUGACAUUCAAUAUGUAUUGGACCCAUAUGCUUGUGCAAUGUAUAUUGUAUCAUACAUAAGUAAAUCCCAAAGAGGAAUGAGUGAUCUUCUGAGUAGAGCUGCGAAAGAAGCAAGAGAGGGCAAUCUUGACAUUAAGAGACAAGUUAGACACAUUGGAAAUCAAUUCCUCAACAGUGUUGAAGUUGGAGCACAAGAAGCAGCAUAUCUGGUUUUGCAAAUGCCCCUUACAAAAGCAUCAAGAGAUGUAAUGUUUAUAAACACAUCUCCAAUUGAUGAUCGUGUAAUACUUGUCAAACCUGAUGCAGAACUUAAAAAGUUGAAUGCUAACUCCACAGACAUAGAAUGCAGUAACAUAGUCAAAAGGUAUGCAAAACGUCCAAAACAACUUGAAAACUGGUGCUUAGCUGACUAUGUCUCACAGAUAGAUGUAGUUUUCCCAAAAGAAAAUGUUACUCAGCUGUCUGAAAUGGAAACAAAUGAUGAUGAGACACACCAGUCAGAAAAUGAAGACAGUGGAUCUGAUACUGAAAGUGAAUUUAAAGAUGACAGCACAUUAGUUGUGUUGAAAAAUGGAAUCAAAAUAAGGCGCAGAAAAAUUCCAAGAGUUAUAAGAUAUGUGCGCUACAGUUUAAAGACAGACCCAGAAAAUUACUAUAGAGAAAAACUAAUGCUGUUCACUCCAUGGCGAAAUGAAAGUUCUGAUCUUCUGUGUGGACAGCAGAGCUUUGAGCAGUCAUUUAACCAAAAGAAAUUUUUCUUAACUCAGAAAAUCAAACAGUAUGAACACAAUGCAGAUAUGCUUGAGCAGGCAGAACAGAUGGCACAAGAUGAUUUGACAGAAGCAUAUGAUGAAUUAGCUCCUGGUGCUCAACAAACUGAGGCAGAAGAUGAAUAUGAAGGAAAUGUUGACUCUGAAAAAUUUGUGCACUUUAAUCCUGAAAGGCCAAUUGAGCAGAGAGAGUAUGAUAUAGGAAAUGAUGUUGGAAUUCCAUCAACAAGACAACUGAGUGAGCAGAGUUCUGUUAGAUUACCUGAUGAUGAGUAUUUAAAGCUUGUAGCCAGUCUCAAUUUGAAGCAACGUGAAUUCUUUAAUCAUGUUAUACAGUGGAUCAAAUGUAAACAGGAACCUAUCCAUGCAUAUCUGUCUGGAGGUGCAGGCGUUGGAAAGUCAGUGUUAAUCAGAGCACUUUAUCAAGCUUUACAUCGGUAUUUAUGUGCUAAGGAGGGAGAAAAUCCAGACGAUAUACGAAUUCUUCUUUGUGCAUACACUGGUAAAGCUGCAUUUAACAUUGGUGGUCAAACAAUUGCUUCAGCAUUUCAUCAGAAAAUUAACCAAAGGCAACAAAACAUGCAUUGUGAUGAACUGAACACAUUUAGAACUAAAUACAGAAAUUUGUCAGUUGUCAUCAUAGAUGAGAUUUCAAUGGUUGGCAAUGCAAAGUUGCAAUUUAUCAACGACAGACUUCAGCUUCUUACUGGUUUGAAGAGGCCCUUUGGAGACAUUAGUAUUAUUGCUGUUGGAGAUUUCUUUCAACUUAAACCAAUCAUGGAUGGAUGGAUUUUUCAGGAUUUAAAACAAAAUGCCCAAGCACUUGCAUGUAAUCUUUGGAAAGAAAAUUUCACCUUAUUUGAGUUAGAUGAAGUAAUGCGACAAAAGGAUGACUUAUCAUUUGCACAGCUUUUGAACCGUCUUCGUCACAAUGAGAUGACUUCUGCGGACUUGGAUAUAAUUCACAAUUGCAUCAUUACUGAAAAUAGUCCAAAUUAUCCACACAGUGCUCCCCAUCUGUUUACAAUGAAUGCGAAAGUAGAUGAAUAUAACAAUAAACUUAUAGAGCAACUUCCUGGUGAAAAAGUCAUUGUGAAAGCUGUUGACAGUGUCCUUCAAGACCAUAGUAAGACUGUGAAAGACCGACUACUCAGAUCAUUACAAAAUCAAGAUGAUGUAAGCAAAACUGCAAACCUCAUGACAAGACUAACUCUAGCCAUUGGAAUGAUAUAUGACAUUACAGUUAAUAUUGAUGUUACUGAUGGCUUGACAAAUGGUUCAUCAUGUACUGUAUGUCUUGUUGAAAACAGAUUACCAGGUGUAUCAAGGCCAAGUAUAGUGUGGGUGAAGUUUUUGGAUUCUGCAGUAGGGAGAAGUACUCGACAGAAAUACCGCCACCUUUACCAUGAUGAUGUUAUGGAUGAUUGGACACCAAUAUUUGACUGUCAGCGAUCUUUUGUUUUCAAUUCAACUACAUACCAAAGAAUACAGUUUCCUUUAAGACCAGCUGCUGGUAAGACAAUCCAUAAGGCUCAGGGCUGCACUGUUGAUGAAAUUGUAGUGGAUUUGUCUCAGUCAAGGAUAAGGAAAACACCCCACAUUCAUUAUGUAGCUCUUAGUAGAGUUAGAUCUGUUGACAAGUUGCAUAUUCUAAAUUUCAAUGAGCAAGCAUUAACUGUGGAUGAAAAAGUUGUAGAAGAAAUGGAUAGAAUGAGGCAGGAAGCACCUCUAAAUCUGUGUUAUCUUCCAUUGUACAAAGCCGAGCAGAGCAAACUAAAAAUUAUGUUUAAUAAUGCAAGAUCUCUUCACAAACAUUUCAAUGAAAUUCAAAAUGAACCCAAUGUUGUAGCCUCAGAUGUUAUUGGUUUUUCAGAAACAAGAUUAACCAUCAAUGAUGAACAGAAUUUUAUGAUGGAAAGUUACUUUACUUUGUUUAAUCAUGAAGAGAGAAGUGACAGAAAUCGUCCUCAUCAUGGAACAGCAUUAUAUGUUAAAAAGGACCAUUUGAUGACAUGUAUCUCAAAAUUCAGCAACACUUUGCUCGAGUUCAUCAUAGCUUUAGUUAAUUUCAGAGACUUUGGAGAAGUGCAGAUAGUUGUUUUCUACAAGUUCCCAGCAUGUUCUUUUAAAGAAUUUGAACAGUCACGACCAUUGGUAGUUCCACAGGAAGAGGCACGAAGUAUAGCAGUUUUGGUCUCCGACAUUAAAGGCAUUCGAUUGGAGCAGAUAAGACAGAAUACAUCCUUGCCACUCGUCUUCCUGUAUAAGAAGGGGGCAACAACCAAGGAGCUUGUAGACCUAUUGAUACAAGAGUUCCCUCAUCUUACUAAAGGACACAAGCCAGUAACGGUCUACUUUUGGGGUGGAACUUGUGACAUAACAGAAAAACAAGGAAAAUAUAUAAACAUUCGUGGUAAGGUGACUGAUACAGUAUCAUCUGUUGUGAAAGAGCUUCACAGGGCCAAAGAUUUUAUUCUUGGGAAUAACUGCCGCAUUAAGUUUAUUGGCAUACCUAUUUAUUUAGUUUCCCUGUACAACGAUAUCAAGGGGUACCAGAAUCCAACAGUAUUCCUCGACUCGGACAAACAAGUUGAGAUACAGGUAGAUCUCCUCAAUACACAUAUUGAACAGAUAAAUCAAGGUCUAGGUCGAAACACACUUAAGUUCAACGCUGACUUGUGGGACUGCAGACGGGGAAAAAAGAGAUACUUUUUUGAGUUGCUAUCAGACGGUUUGCACCCAGGCCAUCUAUUGUCUCAGAAGUGGUUACGGCGACUUGAGCUUGACAUUAUUAGGGAGUGUUACACCCCAUGUGAUACACUUGAGGUAGAUGAACAAGAGUUCCUCUCAUUCCAACAUGACGAACAAGGCCGAAAACACUGA